AUGGAAAUACUAGCCGUGUCUCCACCCAAUAACUGGUUCUGGUGUCCUGGAAACCUCAACCCAGCUGACCUCCUCACCCGAUCUGGAACCAGCUGCGCGCAGGUCAACUCAAAAUUCUUGUUGAAUGGUAGUUUCUUACCUCAGGACAAAUCUUCUUGGCCCACCGUCCAUUGUUCUUCCAUCACCUCAGGUGAUGUUCCUACUAGGUCGGUCAACCUGGCAAAAUUAUCCCCAGAUAAUCCCUACCAGGAAAAUAUUCUGAGUCUUCUACAUCACAAACAAAGCCUCUCCACAGUUCUCCGGGCUCUAAACCUCCUCCACAAGGUUUGCAGAACCUGGAGAAAUGACCCCAACCAGAACAGAAUUAUCCAAGAAGAACCUACUGCUACCUGGAGUUCUAUUAAGUCUUCCAUCAGGUCCUCAAUCCUCAAGUGUUUUACCACGGAGUCAGUGCUCAUCAUUGCCAACAACAAGUUGAAACACCUUGUCAUCCAGCUGGUGGACGGAGUAUAUUACGUGUCAGACCGAAGUUUCCGUUCCAGGAUCGGGGUUCCUCUUAUCUGCAAGAAGACUAUUCUUGCCAAAUGCAUCCUGAACGAUGCUCACGCUGAUCUGGGUCACGGUAGGGAUGUCCUUCAGGUACUUACUCACAUUCAGACCAGUUUCUUCAUCCGUGGAGUUCGUAAAAUGAUCACUGCUCUGAAGAAAUCUUGCCCUGGAUGUAUCAAGCUGAACAAGAUUCCAUUCGCAGCAUUUGAAGCUGAUGUCCCUGAUGUCCUCAAAUCCAUCCAACCUCCUUUCUCCUACUGCCAAGCUGACAUAUUCGGACCCGUCCUUGUACACAAAGACGGCACCAAGACUAAGAGAACCUUCGCCCUGAGAGGCACCCCUCGCAUCAUCUGGAUUGAUGCUGGAUUGAACAUUGUCAAGGCUGGCAAAGACCUGGUCAACACUGAGAUGAAGGUCAUCUCCAACCUCAAUUUGAAAUUCACCUCCAUUGAAUUCAGAGUCACUCUACCCAAACACCACGCCGGGAUCGGAGCUGUUGAAAGAAUAAUUGGUUCCAUCAAGAACACUGUCAGCAAAUCCCUCACAGGACCACACCAGUUGAUCAUGGACGACGAGGAACUGCUUACUUGGACGCAUGGAGUCAUUGAAAAACUUAACAACAGACUACUGAUUCUCGGAGCUCCGCUUGGCAUCACCCUCACUCCCAACCGCGUCCUCCAAGGGUUUCGAGAGUCUUUCGGAGACAAGGUCAAACCUACAGCAUCCAUCAACCAACAGAUCUCCAGGUGGAAUGUCGUCCUCAACCUGUUCCACUCAUUAUGGGAACAGGAAUAUACCAGACACAAAUUCACCGUCGCCUGGAAGGACCAGGGCAACCUCCCUCAGGUUGGAGAUAUAGUCCUGUUCAAGAAUGAACCCAUAUACAAGAACCCAAUCUCAGCUGCCAGAGUAGAGCAGCUCCUCUGUAGAAGGAACGGAGACGUCUACGGUGCCACCAUCAGCUAUUGUCGUGAAGUAGGUGGACGGAAAAUCGUAGUGGACAGACACCUCAACCAACUGUACCCAUUCAUGAACCUAGAAGCUCAGUGUCCUCAGGAAAUCGUGCCCACCUUAACCUCGGACUCCACAGAAGCAAGGAAUCUAGCCCCGAGCUCCAGGCUGGAACCUGCACAGGACGAAUUCCUCCCAGAGCUCAAUGCAAUCAAUCAAUAG